GACAUAAAUCUAAAUUACGAGUGGUAAAAAAAAAUACCUAUGGAAACGUUUAAUAUGAUAAUCUGGGCAAAUCAGUCCAUUUAAGUUCUCUCAUUUGUUACAUUCAUAGAUUUAUUUCCUUUUUUUUCGGGCAGGUGUCUCACAUGGAGCUACACGCAGCUUGAUUGAUAUGCACACUCUCUACGGCCUACAACGCACAAUUAUUGUGCCGUCUUUUGUGGAUGUGUGUUUUCUGUGCACUGGUUGGCGCAAUGCACUAUGAACACGGCGGCCCGAAUUCGAUUCCCGCUCUCGACUAACAACAGUGAUGAAUAUUUGAGCGGGUCCCUGGGCCUCACCUAGGCCUGCUCAGCCUCAAAUGAAUACUUGCUGUGAUGUGUAAACAUCAGCAUGUGGGGGACAAAGGCAGUUGGGCAUGAUUCUAACGACACCACCCCAUCGUGUGCCCUUCUGUCCUUUGUAGGUGCUCGCCAUCAGCACUUGCCCCAACAGUCUGUUAAAGAUACAUGGGGGAUAUGUUCAUUUGUGCACAUACACAUGUCUGUAAUAGUGAUGUAACUAAUUAUUCCUAUGGCAAAUUAGUGAAUUUUGUGACUUGGCAUCAGAAUUAAAUUCAGGAAUCUAUUAUAUUUCUACUUUGUGGUGAAUACUAUCUGCUCUGAAUUUAUGUGAACCCAUUUACAACAAAGAUUAAUUUAAUUCACACAAUCGCGAUUCGAAGCAUGCAUCGUAAGCUUAAGAAUAUAUAUUAAUUGGUGCAUCGUUACACCCCUCGUGUGUAUUGUUUUUUUUGUCUGAAGGUCGACCCCCACCUGAGCGAUCAGUUGCACAAUUUGGUUACAUGCAACUGGGAUAAAUAGCUCUGGGACGAAUCACUCUCACAAAAAGACAACAACUCAGGGCUGCUCGAAGCCGCAGCCAAACAACACAAGACAGCCACGCGAUUGUCAGCUAAAGGAUUGAGAAGAAGUGUUUGUUAUAUAACACCUUGCCAGGAGUGGAGAAGUGGAAAGGGGCGUUUAUUCACACACACUGCACUCUGCGCUCAAGAUACCCGAGUUCAAUUACUAUCCACGGAUAACAUCAGUGGCGAGUGUUAUCUGAACCGGUCCUUGCUCCCCACACAAUCACCAAUACACAACGGCCACUGUGGUGAAGUUCAAGAUAUGCAAACCCCCUAAAGAUUGACAUGGCACAAAGGGGGGAAUUCUUCCAGCAGUGGCUUGACACCAAAUGGGCGUUGAAAUUUAUGAAAAUUCCGAUGAUGAAACCGGCCCAUAAGACAAUGGGAACAACAGCCCUCUUCAUGACGCAGUUAUUAUUGCCGUCGCUUCGAACAGAACAUUCGUCCAGUACAUGGGGUAUGCGCAGCGAGCGUUCACGUCUAUGUGCUAAGAGGAAACUGGGGUUGUAUGCGCUCUCCAGUUUGGCCAAUAGUUGCGAGCGCUGAAGAGGAAACGCCAUAUGUGCCUCCACAAAACAACACCACCGCCAACCACCACACGUGUUCUCCACAGCGUCCAGAGUAAUCGGCUAUGCCCUGCGUACUUGUGUUGCAGGGGCAAACGUGAUCUGGUUUAAGCUCAAAUUGUUCCCCCGUUCAGUUAGGUUCAUUUUAGUUUUGAAAUUGUCAGACGCCUGGCAUAUAUUCUACACUUUCCGAGACAACGUGCUACUGUUAGAAACAGAGAAGCCAAUUGUCACCGACAACAGCAGUUCUUUAGAACUGCUUUUUGUGUUUAGUUUAUUGUCCUUACCCCGCACCUUCGAUUAGCACGGUUGGCGACAUACGGCGCGAAAGAAGUUCAACAUAUACGACAAGCAGAGGACAUCCGUGGAACUUAUUCUGAAUGGACGAAGACUAAAAACAAGGCAUCUUUUCUUCACUUUUAGGGCCCCGCCGUCGCUGUUGGGCUGCAGGGUUGCGUGGGGGGGUGGCCGGGGGGGGGGGUCGAGGACGAUGCAUCAGCCCCACGCCAGCCACAGCAGCGAGAAGCGGGUGCAGCACGCGCUGUCCAGGUGCUUACAGGGCCUGCACGACCCGCAGAGGACAUUCCGUGCCACCUUGGGCACAAACCGCUUCUGCUUGGAUGAGCUCGUGAGCAGGGAUGAGGCAAAUCCUCCUGUUCUGCUGCGGUGUAUUCUGGAUAGGGUUAACGAGGUGGAGAAAAACUGCGACUAUGAACAAUUUGCUCCGCUGGCCAUUUUGUUCCACACGGCCGUGAUUCAAGCCUCCCACUUACCCGAAAGCAUCCAUCUGUUGCACCAGUCCCGUCCCGUGCUCCGCCGCAUUCUGUCCUGGCCGGUGCCGCACUGCUCCAUGGCCCAGGACCUGCUCUCCAUCGUCGACACGGAGCUCCGUGCUCCAGGAAUUUCCUACCAGCGCCUCAUCAGGAGUGAACACAACCUGAAGACGAAGAGUUUCCCAGCGAAAACCAAAACAAUCUUCCUGCUGGACCCGGCAGAGAUCCCUGCGGAGUUCAUCGCCACGGUGGAGCAGGCCGUGCGGGCGCCGGUGCCCAUCGACUACCGCACGGCGCUCAUCCGGCGCGCACUGCAGGCCACGGCCGCCAUGCACGCCGAGGGCGUGGAGGAGGCCCUCAGGACCAUGGGGGAGAAGGAACUGCAGCGGUUGUUUGAGCAGAGCGUGGAUAUGAUGGAGGAGGCGGCAAGGAGAGAGAGCCAGGAGCAAGCCAGAGCCUUCCUCCUGGACGCCACCGCCGCUCUGCAGCAGCAGAUUGUCGACGUCGCCAGGACGUCUGGUGACGACCCCGCUCACGCUGCCUAUGACGGCGUGGGCUCUGAGCGAGGAGGGAUGGAGGUGACGGGCGAGGGAGACUGCACGGCGGCGUGCCUCGCUCACGUCUGGGACAAAGACAACCUCAAUUUCCUCUACCAGAUGCUGCCAGCGGAACACGUCCCCAGCAUGGACUCAAUGCCCGGCGGAGAGGGCUCCCUGACCGCCGCCCCCUCGCCACGGGACUCGCUCCUCUCGGACACGUCCUCCUACGCCGAGGACGACAACUUCGCCAACCUGCUGUCCUGCAGCAGCGACAGCGGCUACCUGGAGGACGAUCCUGCCGCGGCGCUGCAGGCCGCGAUUGAAGCGGACAUCGGGUCCGGGGCGCGCCAGGCAUGCCACGGCGUUCCCUGGCAAAGCUCGGCACAGGACUCCGCAGGGGGCCGGGAGAUUUUACGGGCGGACUUCACGACGACGACAGCGAAGACGACGCAGGCAGAGGAGCAGCCCCCGUCGUACGAAGAGCUGCUGCCGCUGGCCUUGAACGGAUCUCGGGAUGUGCGGUUGCGCAAGAGCUGCACGCUGCCAAGCAAGCUGGCAAACAGUCGCGAGCGCACGGGUUCCCUGCCCAUCAUCUCUGGGCCCUUUUUCGGCGAGUCCAAGCCCGCGCAGAGGACCCUGUCGCACAAGAUCUCUCACCGGCUGGGCCUGCUCCGGGACCGGUUGUGCCGAGCGGCCGUCGCCUCCGGCCAGCCGGGCAAAGCCGAUUCGCAGUUCGGCUUCACUGAGCAGCCAGACGUGGGCGCCAUGGCCAAGCUGCAGCUGCGCGAGGUGGCGGCGCAGUGGCGGCGACGCGUCGCGUUCGGGGCGCAAGGCACUCGGCGUCGCCACUGCAACAUCAUGCGGCUCGUGGCGUUCGGCGAGGACCACAUCCUCGGAAAGCUGGCGCGCGCCUACAACCGCCUCUGGAUGCAGGAACUGUGGAACCCACAGCUGUUCCGCCACUACCGGCUGGAGAUAUUUUACAUUCCACUGGCACAGAGGCUGUCUUCCUCGGAAACAAACUGCAACUCCAACUCUCCUCGGAACAGCUUUCAGACGACGGACAACGACUUGUUGAAAUCGGAUGUCCUGAUGAACAUUGGGAACUACCUCGGUUCUGUGGAUCCGUGGUACGACCGCAACGUGCUGUCCCUCUACGACAUGCUGCCCACGCUCCUGCCCAAGACGAGCUCCAAGGAUGAGGUGAGCAACUCCCAGAAGGAAGUCAGCAUGCUCAUGGACAUGAUCCUCUACUACUGCCAACAUGCGGCACAUCCUCACCCCAUCCCUCUCUACGAGAUUGAGAUCACCCUGGCUUCUGGAGACGUCAAGAAGGAGGUUUUCAUUUGCCAAUUGGAGCUGGGAUUCCUGGCGGAUCGCAGGGCCAUCUUGGCAGCAGGGUCGGCUCAGAAGCGAUUUGGGAUCGAAGGUGACAGGGAAGCUGUCCCCGUCCACCUGCAAAUCGCCUACUGCAAGACGAGUCUGAGCAAGCGUAUUCAUUGGCACACCAUGGAGAAGACCUGUACCUCGGUCAGGAUCGUACAAAAUGCCGACAGAGACGCUGGCAUGGGCACACUCAACCUCACUUUGUUGGAAGUCGUGCGGAGGUCGCAAGGAUCCAAGGGAAAAUCUGCUUACAACCAGCAACUGAAUGCUUUGGAAGUGAGGGUGGACAAGGUUCAGUUGACGGCAGCAGGGGGCUCCAACUUCUCCUUGUGCAUUGACCGUGAUGACAAAAAGGUGUUCCGCAACAUCACAAGGUGCGAAGUCAGACCCUGCUGCCAAGUGAACGCCCCGGCCCACGGUGCCCUGGCCGGUGUCUCCCAUCUGGCACGACCGACUCAGCCACCCAAUUGCGAGCCCUUUUGUCUGCCAAUAUCUCUCUUCUGCAGCCCGGCUCUGUAGCCCUGCUCUGCCUCGGGUGUUCAGGCCAGCAGGGACAGGACGUGUCAGAGACAUUACAACAGAGGAUGAAGAGUGUCAUUUGGUUGUCAUGCGCACAUUUUUUUGCUCGGUUAACACGUCACGCACGUGAACGUUUGAAGGGCCGCAUGUGCCUGCACAUCCCUGUGUUCGUCAGCUGCUGGACGAGAGGCUCCCCACUCCGAGUGGCCCAUGGGGAUUUUUUUUCUUCUUACCAUACUUCGCCAUGCUCGUGGCCAAAGGCAGGGAGCGUAGAAAGUACGGUACGACAACAUUUUUUUUUUGCACCGGCAUAUGCUACCCACAACAAAGCCCCCGCAGCCUUCAGUGACUGUUACAAACGGUGGUCGGCUGUCCGAGCUUGAUUGUGGCUCAAAGCAGCUUAGCUUCUGGGAUCUUGAUGAUAUCGAUGCAUCGCAGUUGAUAUGGUAAAAUGCAACAAAAAAAACAUGCAGUAUUAUGUUGUAUGUAGACAAAGUAGGAAUUAAAUUCCAGAAUAUGGCAGCCUCGGCCUUUAAUUGCAAUACCAAUUAAAUAUACCUCUAAAAACUGAAUUGUAUAAAGAUGGGUAGCACACAAGCUUAUUAAUAUCAGUGAUUACAAAAAUAAUGUAGACUCUCAAUGGGUCCUCACCUGAUUUAUAAAAAAGGGGCACUUCAAUUAAAUUACAUCGGGCUUUCCCACUUGCUCGCUUAGUUGGCACAAGCGGUUACAGAGAGCUGACUGGUGAUGUACAGGGUGCUUCAAAAAAAUUUUAACACUCCCUAGAAUUUGCAACUAUACCACAAGAAAUGUACCUCCGGGCUCUGGAGACCAGCUGGAGAAGAUUUCAGGCACGUGUUGACAAUGAUGGCGAACAUACAUUUGUUAUCACGUGACAGUGUAUCAUCUGUUCUUUUUCCAUUCAUAACGAUAGUCCCAUGUAAGUGUUUAAAACAUUUUGAAGCAUUCUGGCGAAUUGCCCGAUGAUGCUGGAUGCAAUUACCAGCGAAACGUCGUACUCAAAUUGUAAAUGUUGUGGUUUCACGCUUCAACACACCGGUGGGCUAAAGCAGUGAACUAUUUGUCCUUUGUCAACGUGACACUUUUUUACUGAUUGGCCGUGUCGGGCGGUGGAGGGUUACGACACAUUUAUAAAUAACGUGAUCUAAACCCAAAAACGAUGAUUAUGAACACCCUGUAUCUUGUUGGCUCACAAUGAAUUGGCCACCAAUGCCUCUGUCGCCAACAAGUGGCCGUGUCCGAUGUGUGACGGCGUCGUUCCAAACGGGGCGCGUCGAACAAAGUCCGAGGCGAGAACGUUUCUGCUACUGAAGAGAGCGAAAGCACGGAGAUUGUUUUAUUCGCGGACACAAUGCGCAAUAGCGUCUUGAUGUGUAAGUCUGUUUAUAAAAUGACAACCAAUUUAGUUGUGAAUGGGGCAUUUCCAUCAGAAGUUCAAGGCUCAAAUUAGAACAGCCAUACUCUCGUACAGAGAAAAUAACUUGGACUUUUAUUUGCCCUUAAAUCCUAUCGGAGCACAGUUACGCGAUUGAGAAAUGUUUGCAGUGAAGUGACAUGUAUAGUGCAUGCAACUCAAUCAUGAGGUUACGGUUUACUUAAAUGGGAACCAACGUCGUUCUGCAGAGAGGUUGCUUCAGUAGGUCUCUGAAAGUGAAUGUCAAUUCCUCUCCUUUCUCUCUGCACUGUAAGAAAGAAGAAAAAUACUCAAAGAAAAUGUUCCUUAAUAUUUUAUUCACAUGUCGUUCCAUUUAAAUAUACUUUAAUUCUGAUUUUUGAUCAUUUACUUAAUUGUCCAGGAAAGUCACACUGAGUUGUAUUUUAAGUUGUUUUCAGCCAAUGAUUGAGUGUUUAUGAUACACGUGGGAGGAAAUUGAAGCACCUGGAGAAACCCAUGCAUGCGAGGGGGCAACGCUCUAUCCCCGCACAAAUGUAAACAGAUGGUGAUUAGUCCACUUGCUGUACUGCCUUCUCCUGGUGAGCCAGGGUACGGCAGGGAGCAACGCUCUAUCCCCGCACAAAUGCAAACAGAUGGUGAUUAGUCCACUUGCUGUACUGCCUUCUCCUGGUGAGCCGGGGUAUGGCACCUCUUUGAUGCCCACGGGAAGAUAGUAUCACAACAUUUGUGCGAUCCACCAACCCUCCCUCACUGCCUCCACAAGUGCUGGGUUACAGACCAUAUGGAUAGCCACCACCGCAUCAUGAGAUACAGUUUUUGCACGCAGACACUUUAUAAAUCCAAAUCGUGUUGUAUAAUUGCACAUCCUCAGCCAUUUCUUCAGUAGCCAUUGCUAAAUCGAAGGGUCCUCAUGUUAUUGUGCCAUCGUCCACUCACGUGUGCAGUUACGUAUAGCUCAUCCUUUUAUCCUCAUCUUCAUUUCAUAUGUAUACGCACUCUCUGCAAACAUGCAGUCUAGUAAGGCAUUGCAUACUGCAGUAUACAGUAUUACAGUGUAUAGAUUUGACUAUAACAGCAUGGGGCAAAUCCCCAAUGCUUCACCCGCGAUUGUUAUCGCCCUACUUAAAUGCAACUUUCCAUUGCACUGGCUGUAGAAGAAAUUCUCAUCAGCAAACCAGCUUCGCCGCCGUCGAGAGGCUUGCGCUGGAGGCCAAAUUGACGGUUAAAUCAUUUCAUCACCGUAGUCACCUAUACCCCGCAGUUUUCGCACCUAGCCUGGCGUUUUACUGAGCCUGAUGAGUGGGUGGCAGCCUCAUUCUCUCCUCUUGAACGCAGAGAGAGUC